AUGUCGAAAGAGCCAGGAAGCGGAUCCAUCAUAAGCAUUUAUAAUGGGUUGCUUGCCAAACAUCCUUUGCUCGUCAAAUCGAUUACUGGUGCAUUACUGUCUUCGCUGGGCGAGCUGAUUAGUCAAUGGACCACCAUUCUGUACGGGAGUUACAAAAGCGAGAGCACCGAGAAAUACAGGUCUCCAAAAGCGAUCUGUGGUCAAUUGAUUCGCGAGCCAAAGAUUCUCAAGGUGUUGGUCAUGUUUUGCUAUGGGGGCUUGAUUAAUGCACCAAUAAACCACUUCAUGUAUCGCCGCAUUACAGCUAUCACCGGUAAAUACUGCAAAUCCGCCAAGGCGAGAAGCUUCGUGCAGCUGCUGGCAGCAUUAUCCAUUGUGAGUCCCUUACAGGUGCUCUUCCUGGUUGCCAUACUGACUAUCAACACGCAUUUUGAUGGCGACGUGAAUAGAUUAUGGACCCACAUUAAGCGUAGUGUAAAGAGCAAGUAUGUCAAGAUCUUGACUUCCAGCUGUGUGAGCACCACUGUUCUAGUGUCGUUUGCUCAAAAAUACAUCGAGCCUGAGAAAUGGUCGGUGUUCUUCAGCUUCGCAUAUGCGAUCCUCGGCACCAGCCAGAACAUAUACUUGAAGUUGAAGAAAUAA